AUGUCUGAUCACAAUCUGCUAAAACACAUACCUGAGAUGAUGUUCUUGCACAUGGAAGGAGCCACCAGCUCAGGAUCAUUUUGUCUUUCUGGUUCAGGUGCCGUAAAACUGCUUUGUGUUUGCUCAGAAACCCGUAGCAAACAUGGCCACGCUACUCAUGGACGGGCUGAGGUUGAACCUCUUCGGGCAUUCAAUCUCCCCUUAACUCACGUGGGGCAAACCAUGCUGGCAAGUGAGCACUCCUCCAGCCGCAUCAGGUCAGCAAACGAUGGCUCGGGAUCAUCCUGGGCUCCAGUGCUACUCCUCGGUGCAGUAACCCCACCCGCUAUCUUCGAAUGCAGAGAUCGGGCCCAUCAUCGGGCUCUCGGCCAGGGACUGGAGGCCCAUCUAGUAACCUUUAGGUUUUGCCAUUGGAUGAUUUAUGACAUUAUCGUUGGUGUUAGCGGAGGUGGAAUGAUUGGGUUCGGGUUUUACCGAUUGGGUCUUCAGAUUUGUCUGGAUGUGUUCUCUCAGACGGUGCAGGGAUCUACAAAUUCGAUUGAUUCAGUUAACAAAGAGCAAGAACCCUAUCGAAAAAGUGAUAAUCACGAUGACAAAUUAGCUACAUAA